GCGCACGCCCGACCCCAGCUCGCUCGAGACUUGAGUUCAGCGACUGAUGUGCGCACAAGCAGCUGUACACCCGACUCCUCUAGCGUUGAGCAAAUCACGGAAAGAUGUCACAAAGGACGUACCCCGAACGCGCGUCUUCAUCGCGCUCUGCGCAUAUCCGCAGAGAGCGGCAAGAGCAGAGAGGGCAUCUAAGACUCUCGCGAUCUCAAGGUCACCGUCGUAUGAACAUCCUCACGAUGCAUUCCUCUAUCCGACGGCCUUUAUCACGUAGUCAUAUCAUCUCACCCCAAUCUCAGCCGUCCGAAGCCUCCGAAAGCGAACUAUCCCGACAAGGUCACCCUGGUCAAGAGCAAUUCAUCAAUGGGCAACCCACUGCCUCCCUUAACGGCCAGCACCCCAGUAUCUUGCGCACGUUCCGAUUCAGCACUCAGAAUGGGCAGUAUGAAGCGGAAACCACCCCGAACAUUGCGUACAUAGAGCGAACAUCUUCUUUGGGAACGAACUCGCUAAGAUCACACGAUGCAACACUGACAUACCCGUCGUACCUUGAACGAUAUACAAUGUCAGAGCCAAGGAGUACUCAACGAUCGUUCGAUUUAGAACGAUUGCGUCAGCAGAGAGAAUCUACCCGGGUACCUCUGAUUUCAGACACUUCCAAUCGAAGCGAUUGCUAUCAAGAACAGAGAAGUAUUGCGCAGGUUUUGCCCGCUGUAUCGGAGAAAGAUUUUUGUUCGGAAGCAACUCGAGGGCAUAGUGACGCAGGCACCCAUGCAAACACACCUCCAGGAAGGCGACCAAUCUCGUACCCAUCACGGUACAGGAGAGUGGGAAGCAGAACUCUCAUGACUCGAUCACCGGUCAAGGGAGUGAAUGAUCGUGGUCGCAACGUAGUGGAUUGGGUACAGACGAGCAGGCAAGAUUAUGGGCCGAUAGUCGAAGAUGAUGACUAUUUUGGUGACAGCAUAGCGGGGCAGGGCAGAUUAUGUCCUCCCAUCCCUGCACGUAGUCCGUACCGCACCCGCAGCUCUACCCCUGAACUACGCACAGCAAGAGCGGUACGCCUUUUCGCAGCGAACCCAGACCCGCCAAGCGGUUCUACUACCGAAGAUGACCUACCGUUACGGCCAUCAUCUCUCGGAAUAACCCGACCAGAACCCUCGUACCGCAGCAGAAGACCCAUCGAACCUAGGUCUGAUUUGUAUCCAAGCCCUUUGAGGCCACAAACCAUCAAAAGGCAGGCAUCCGGUAUAAGUCAACGGAAAGCGAAGGAACCAAACGAAACUCCGGUACAAGCGCACCCAAGUCGAGCUUCGCGAAGAGUCCGUUUCUUCCCAACUAUCCACUGGAAAUACAAUCGUGACAGACAAGAUGCGCAAGAAGACGAAGACCUCACUACAAACAUUCUCCACAACACUGCGUCUUCCCACUGGGCGUUUAAUAUCGUCCAGGGCUUUGUCUGGCUUGGCCUGGUCGUCUACCUCUUUUGGCGCAUUUCGACACUGGGAAAGACUGUCUCCUUCGAUUGCUAUGACUUGAAGAUGAAACUACUCCAUCUGGUGGGCGAGAACAUCACGCUCCCGCUUGUCAACAGUACAGCGAGCAAUAGUACCUUCGCCAACGGCACCAUGUAUCCUCCCGCAAACGCAACCUUCUACACGCUCGCAGAGAGGCAUACCAAUGCGAGCGCGGUCGUCAUACCUCCAGACUUUCGUGCCAAAGUUAGAUCGCACUGCAUCCUCGAGCCCGUCAACCCCGCUGUCGUUUUAGCGUCGCACUUCGAGGUGCUAUUUCUUAUGAUGCUGGUGUCGUGCGGGCUGGCACAUGUUCUGCAGCUGCUGGUAUUGCAGCAGGUACGGACCCGGAUGCGAAAGAGUGGAGCGCUUGGCGCGAGGACGCUGAUGAUCAGAGUCGCGGUGCAGAUUUUUCCGGCUGGUUUCGCAAUUUUGGGUGUCUUGGGAACGGCGUGGGGGAUCAGGGGUGGGGUAUGGUAAGAUGGGAUGAGCAAAGUGGGGAUGAGCUAGAAGAACCUCGAUAGCAUGUUCAACGAUUCAGUCUGAGCCUGCGGCAAUGCUCGAAGACGCUCUCAUUCCCAGUACCGAAUAAUUACUGGAACGAUGCGGAAGGCGACGUCGGGUUUUGGUGGCGUGAGUGGGAUGGUCAGGAAAUGAGAAUCAUUCCAGGGUAUCAUGCAACAGAGCAGAAGAUGCCAUAUUAACUAGAAUAUGUUUAGAAUACAAGUUCCACCUUAAUGACCUCUUUCAAAGCAUGC